AGAAAAAGCCAAUCACUUUAGACCAACACCAAGCUUUGGAAUCUUUGAGUUUGUCCAAGUCAUCAAAUAACCUUCCUUGCAAAAAUCUACCAUCUCAUAGUCGUUCACAAUUCCUCUGCUUUUAUUCCAAAACCACAACUCUCUUUUCCAUAAGAAAAUCUCCAUCUCUACCACUACACAACCAAUUUACACCUAGAUCUUCUUCUUUUCUCCCCCUUAAUCUGGAAAAAAAACUGAUUAUAAUCGUUGCGUGCUUGAUCUGAGAAAAUUUCAAUGGCAAUCAGAUCAUCUUCUUCUCAGGUUCAGGACAGCAGAAACAGAGGAGGGACAGAGCCGAAGAAGAAACUGAAGAAGCUGAGAUCAGUCAAGCUCUCAAAGCUACCAAGCUUGAAAUCAUCCACAAGAUGGGCAAAUUCCCGAUUUGAGCAUCUUUCUAUUGAUUUAUCCAACGAUGACCACCCAGUUGAAUUGUCUAAUGCAUCACCAAAUUAUAUGAAGGACACAGGUUGUUGUUCAGAUGCAAAGGAGAGUUUUCAGGGUGGAAGUGAAUCUGAAGGAAUUUCAGAAAGUCCAUCCACUUAUGGGUCAAUACCCAGUACACCAUCUUCUCAGAUUUGGAACAGCACAAUCCAGGGAGGAACUCAGGUGAAGAAGACACUGAAGAAGUCGAGAUCAAUCAAGCCACCAACAAGGAGACGGGCAAAAUCUCUCAUAAAAGUGUCAGAUGCAUUACCAAAUUAUUUGAAGGCAACAAGCUGUUCUGACGGGAAGAAGGCACAUUUUCAGGCAAGUCCCUGUAGUUCCGAAUCUAGUUUUGGUAGCAAUGAUCGUAGUUCUUCACAAUCAAACUCAGCUUCUUUUAGUUUGAAAUCUAUAAGGACUUUAUCAAGGACAUCUAGUUUGAGAAUUCUGAUAAAUAAGUCUAGUUUCAAAUCAAAGAGGCCUUCAGUAAAGAAAUGUUCUGAAGUUUCUCAUGAUUCGAGCGUUGAGAGAGCUACAUGUUCUUCCACUCUCAAAGACUCGAAGUUCCCUCAACGUGUAGAGAUUCAUCAUGGAGUAAGCGAGUCCAAAAUAAAUCCGAUCAUGAAGGUUUGCCCAUACAGUCACUGUUCCCUGAACGGUCACUGCCAUGCUCCUGUGCCCCCACCAAAGCACUUUGUCUCCAAAAGAAGGCGUUCACUGAAGACCCAGAAGAGCAUGAAAAUAAAAGGCUUAUCAACCCUUGGAGUGAAACACAAAGAAUUUCAAUCAAGCAAUUUUGAACCUGCAAUUCAAGAGGGAGCCAAUGGCACCACAGCAAUGUCUCCUGUAGGAGAUGAAGAGGGAUUGAAUAAUUUCUUAGAGAUCCAUGCUAAACCAAAUAUUAAGUUUUGGGGGGGAGAAAGUGAAGAAAAUGAAGAUGCAGGUCAUGUCGAGAUCUUGUUUGGUGAAACAUCAUACCCUGAGAAGAGUUUUCAGGAGAAUCUCAACCGAGUCAAAAACUUUGGUGCUGCGGAGCAAGACGUUUUGGAGACACCCUCCAACCUCAAAGACACAAGUUUGGCGAGCUGUUGCAUUAAAACCGAACUGGAUAAAUCCAUUUCUGAAGAAAGUGAUAUAUACUGGAAGGAUGAGGAUAUUUUUGCACCAAAACUUGAUAACGAUGACAGCAAUUGCACCCUCAUGGGUUCUGAUAAUGCAGAUGACAGAAUCAGCACCUGCAAUGAGGAAGUUUCAAAUUUGAACUCAGAAUUAUGUGAAGAUGAACCAUCCAAUAUAGACAAGAGAUCAAACCCAAAUGAUACCCAAAGAGCAACAAAAGAUAGCAGUGUGGUUUCUUCAGCUACUGUUUGUGACCCUUUGGAGAAAUUUAGUGCAGACAAGGAAGAGAAAGAUGCAGAUUCUGAGCCAGAUGGUGAAUUCCAUGGAGGUUUUAUUGCAGACACAGAUUCUGAACCCAAUCCCACUACUCAUGAAACAUCCACAACACAUUCUAACAAAGAGAAGCACCUCAGCAUGUGGCACCUGAUACAUCGGCAUAUGGUAUCAGGUCUUGCCACAGAAGCCAGUUCUCAGCCACUUCAGGGAACAGACAAGGAAAAACUAGCAGAUGAUGCCAACACCUUGCCUGCACAAAGAAGUUCUGGUUUAUGUCCAAAUUUCUCUGAUUCGGAUUUGGGUAUAGAAGAUCAUGACACAGUCAGUCAAGAUAUUGAACUCCGCAAGAUUUAUGCCAUCAAGCUGGUGCGAGAGGCAAUUGAGAAAAUUCUUCUCCCAGAAGUGCCAGACCAGUUGUCUGAUAAUAAAUCAAUUACUAGUGGCGUUACAUCAGACCAAGAGCUGUUAGACAACAAUCAUGGUGACGGUGAGGAACUAAGCAUCUUAACUUCCACCGUCUCUGCUAAAGAUAGCUCUGAAGAGUGCGGCCAUGAUGAAGUCAGAGAUAACAUAUUAUUGGAUCCAAAAGAGACAAGGCUUGCAGCUGAUAAUAUCUCUAGCCCAGAAGAAAAGAGAACAGCAUCACAGGUGAGAAACAACUCGGACAAGCAAGCACCCAAAAGCUGGAGCAACCUCAAAAAAUUGAUCCUUCUGAAGAGAUUCAUCAAGGCGUUGGAAAAUGUGAGGAAAUUCAACCCACAGAAGUCAGAAAUUCUGCCCUUGGAGAGGGACACAGAAGCAGGAAAAGUUUGUCUAAGGCAUCAAGUGACGGGCGAGAGGAGAAGUGCUGAGGAGUGUAUGAUUGAUUAUGCACUUCAACAGGUAGUUAGUAAAUUAGCUCCAACUCAGAAAAGGAAAGUGGCGCUGCUUGUAGAGGCUUUUGAAACAGUUGUUCCACAACCAGAAGAGAAAAAUGUUCUGGCAACAUUUCCUGAGCUCAAAGAAAUAAAUCAGAACUGUUGUUCUGUUAAAAGUGAAUUGGAUAAAUCUGAUCCUAAAGCCGCAAACGUUGACAGGAAGGCAGGGGAAGGAAAAGAAGUGAUUUUUUCAGCUUCUGUCUGUGACACUUCAAAGGAACUCACUGCAGUCAGGAAAGAGCAGAAUACAGAUUUGAAGUUGGAGAAUAAAUUUGUAGAAGGGUUUACUCCAUCCGGAGAUUCUGAACCAAAUGCCAAAGCUGAUGAAACGUACAAAAGUGAGUUCAACCAAGAGAAGCAUAUCAACUUGUGGCGCGUGCUACAUCAACAUAUGGCAUCAGGUCUUGCAGCAAAAGCAGGAAGCCAUCAACUUGAUGGAGCAGACACAGUAAAGAAAGUAAAUGAUACAAAAACUCUGCUUGCACAAGAAAGUUCUGGUUCUUUUGGGGAGUUUUCUGAUUCAGAUCAGCAUAUGGGUGUGGAAAAUCACAAUACAGCCAGCGAAGAUAUUGAACUCCGAAAGAUUUAUGCCAUCAAACUGGUACGAGAAGCAAUUGAGAAAAUACUUCUGCCAGAAGUUCAGGACCAUUCAUCUGAUGAUCAAUACAUUACUAGUGCUGGAAUUUCAGACCAAGAGCUUUUAGAAAAGAAUCAAGGUGACGGUGGGGAACCAAGCAUUUCAACUUCCAAAGAUGGCUUCAGAGGGUAUGACAAAAAGGAAGGGGGAGAUGAUUGUUCGCGGGAUAUACAAGGGACAGGGCUUGCAGCUGAUAAUAUCUCUGACUCAGAAGAAGAGAAAAUGACAUCAAAGGUGGGAAACAAGUCUGACAAGCAAACACCCAAGAGCUGGACCAAUCUGAGAAAACUGAUCCUUCUUAAGAGGUUCAUCAAGGCACUAGAAAAGGUGAGAAAACUCAACCCACGAAAGCCACAAAUUCUGCCCCUAGAAUCUGACGCAGAAGCAGAAAAAGUUAGUCUAAGGCAUCAAGUCAUGGAAGAGAAGAAAAAUACCGAGGAGUGGAUGCUUGAUUAUGCACUUCGGCACGUAAUUAGUGAACUGGCUCCAACUCAGAAAAGAAAAGUGGCAUUGCUUGUAAAAGCUUUUGAAACAGUGGUUCCACCAUCAGAAGAACGGCAUGUUGAGGUGACAAAGGCUAUUAGUGAUGACUGUUAUACGUCUGUUUCUGGAGCCACUGAUACAGGCACAAAGACUGAGGAAAUUAUUGUAUCCAACCUUGAUAUUGGGGAAGAUAAUUCCAUCGUCACAGAUAAACAUUCUGAUGUGAGUGAUUUUUGCAUGUCCGCAGUUGAAGUUUCUCAAUCAUGUAAUGAACUCCGUUUGAAAUCAGAUGACACUUUGAGCUUCGCUGGUUUGAAAGUGCUUGUGGAUGAAAAAGAUCGGAAAGGAGUCCAUGAAGAUACAGUUUUGAGUUUCAACUUGGGGAUUCUCAAAACUGGCUUUGAAUUGAGUGGUAAAAAGGUGGAGCUUGAUUGUUUAAGUGGUGCACCAUCUUAUAUAAAUGAAAGCCCAAUUGUAGAUGAUAAUGGAGAACCAGUGGCAACUAACAACGUUGUUUCUUCAGCUUUUGAGUAUGAAAGAUUGGAGCAAACAACUGCAGCCGGGGAAGAGAAGACUGGAGAUUCUGAUCCACAAUACGUACUUCAAGGAAUUCCUCCACUUGGAGAUUCUGAACCUGAUUGUACAGCAAAAGUAGCAUGCAAGUCCCAGAUGGACAAGCAGAAGAAUAUCAGGAUGUGGCACCUGAUAUAUCAGCAUGUAGCAUCAGGUAUUGCUGCAAAAGUUGGAACCCAGCUGUUUCUUGAUGGAGACGAUGAGGAAGAACAAGCAGAUGAUGGCAACACAUUGCCUGAAAUAAGAAUUAGUUCUUGUGAUGAUUACUCUAAAACAGAUUGUGAUCUGGGAAAGGAAAAUCAUGAUGCAAAUCAUGAUGCAAGACGUCAAAGGACUGAAUUCAACCAUACUGAUGCUGUCAAACUCGUACAAGAAUCAAUUGAUGAAAUCCUUCUUCCAGAAAUUCAAGAUGACUCAUCUGAUGCUCAAUCAAUUACUAAUGACAUGAUUUCAGGCCAGGAACUCUUAGAAAAAAAUCAUUGUGAAGAUGGGGAGCUAAGCAUCUUAACUUCCACCAAUUCUGCCAAAAAGAGCUUCAGAGAAUAUGACAGAAGUGAAGUGGGAAUCGGUAUCUUAUUGGAUCAAAAAGAAAAAGUGUCUAAUAUCACCACCACAGAAGAAGAGAGAGCAGUAUUAAAGGUGGGAAACAAAUCUGAACAGCAAAAGCCCAGGAACUGGAGCAAGCUCAAGAAGUUAAUCCUUCUCAAGAGAUCCAUCAAGGCAUUGCAAAAAGUAAGGAGAUCCAAUCAUCAGGCACCACGACAUCUGACCAUGGAGCCUGACCAAGAGGCAGAGAAUGUUGAGCUAAGGCGUCAAAUGAUGGACGAGAGGAAAAAAGCUGAACAAUGGAUGCUCGAUCAUGCACUUCAACAUAUCGUCACUAAACUAACUCCAGCACGGAAAAGAAAAGUGUCUCUUCUUGUGGAAGCUUUUGAAGCAGUCGUUCCACUGCCCGAAAUUUGAACUCAACAGAGGCAAAAACUGCAACUUCACGCAUGCAUGAGAUGCUAAAGUGUGAUUGAUACUGGUCAUUCAGGAGAGAUGACCAGGCACAACUAAAUAUAUUAAAGUACUUAAAAUUUAUCAAAUGGGCAGAUUUACUCAGUGGCAGAUUGAUUCUUCAUGGUUGAAAGUUUCACAAUCAUUUGUUGCUGCGGAGUCCUCACUCAGAGAAGGUGUGUGGCCUUCGUUUUUCUCUCUCAAUUUAUUUUACUUCUACAGUGUUCCAUCCAUCUACUCUUGCCCCGGUAGAUUCCUCCAAAUUGCCAUGAAAACUAAAGAAAAAAGAAAAAGGAAAAAAACAUAAAAGAAAGAGGGAAAAAAAUCACAGUUCUUGUUACAGGCUAGUUAGUUGUCCGCGCGUGUUACUCCGGUAAGGUUAAUUACAAUUUUAUGCACAUAUAAACCAACUUGUUCCUCACCAUAAUUAGAAUGAGUGAAUAAGUAAAUCAUAAUUUUGGUUGCUUGUAUUGUGUUAAGCUACGACAUAUUAUUUUUCCAUCUUAUGUGAUUGAAAUCACGAAAGCCAAUUAAAAAGGAAGGGAUGGGAUGGAACAUAAUAGGAAGGAUGGUUUGUAC